AUGCCUGUCCCCACUGCCGACCUUUUUGACAAGCAACAAAACCAAGCCAACGGCACCGAUCACUCAGGUCCUGCUGCGCGCACCUCCCCUGAGCAAGACAGCAACGACAGCUAUUUCAGGGCUCGGCCUAGCAGCUCGACUGGCGCAUCGCAUCAUCCCGAGGCCGGUCGCGCUCUGACUAGGGAGGAGGCGGAUCGUCUGUACGAGGAGCGAAUGGAGGAGGAAUAUGCGAAAAGAGAGGGUGGUGCUUAA